CAUUGGUUGUUUUGCUCUACUGUCGUCACUUCCGCAGACAUAACCUGAGAUUGGGUGAGGCGCGAGCGUGCACGGUGGCAAGCGGCGAGCGGAUUGGACGCGCCGUGCGACGUACGUCGUGGUCUUGACCGGCGACCUCGCAACCACAGGCCUGACCGGCAGCACAAGACAGGGACUCGCGCGGCGAGGCGGCUACUUCGGAGUUCGGGCCUGCCGGCGGGCUGCGGCAUCCAUCGCCCGGCGCUCCGUGUCUUCGCACUGCGCAGCUGCAACGAACAGGCAGAAACAGUGAACACCGAUUCGAAUACACACCGUCGAAAUUCUUGUGUCCGUCAGCUGGCGGGACUAAGCCGCAGCACCUCGCGCGGCACCUGUUCGACGAAUUGCGCCGCCCAAGUAGGUCCUCUCUUGCCAUGAAAAUGCUAUUGCUGGGGGCUGCGCUCUGCCGGCCACCAUUGCCGUGUCCCUCCACCUCCAGCUCCUCCCUGACGUCGAGGCAUAAUUGCUCCACAUCUCCUUUUCCGCGGCAGCCAGGCGUGGUUAUGCACCGGCGCAUGUACCCCAAGAUCGAGGCCACAGCGAGGCACGGCGCGAGGAAGGAGAAUGCCAAGGUCAGGAACCGCAGGCACCAGAAAAAGUUUAAUGGCACAGAGACGAAGCCCAGGCUGUCUGUCUUCUGCUCCAACAAGCAGCUCUACGCCAUGCUCGUCGACGACCACGGCAAGAGGAUGCUGUUCUAUGCCAGCACCCUGCAGGAGGCCAUCUGCGGCGAACCGCCCUGCAGCACCGUGGAGGCUGCUCGGAAGGUCGGGGAGGAGCUGGUCAAGGCGUGCAAGGAGCUCGACAUAUCUGAGGUCUCAUGCUACGACCGCAAUGGAUUCGCUCGAGGGGAGAAGAUGAUGGCGUUCGAGGAUCCGAUCGCGCAGCAUGGGUUCCUGCCGAGAUAGCAGAAACAUGUCAUGGCAGGCUUGCAUUGCCUGUUCAGAGUAGAGAUUAUUUAGGGAAGAGUAGGAAGAAAGUUGUUUGCUCUGUGAGUUGCUUGCCGGAUGUAUGAUCCGAAGAACGUUGUUCACGCCAGUUAUUAAGACAACUAUGGUAUGUUUCAAAUGCCAAAAUUUACAAGAA